AUAAUUCAAAAGUCAAAAGUUCAAACAUAUUUUCUAGCUCAAGAAAAUUCAAUGGCAUUACCAAAUUUUGAUGCUCUAAGAGACGUGCACGACUCAGCCAACGAUUUGCUUCACUCAUCGAUGAUCAAACGAGAAAUUGCGUACCAAGGACAAGAAAAAUGGGUCCAUGAUGUUUCUGAAACAUCGCUAAGGAUGCUUGAAGUAUGUACCACCACAAAAGAUGUUCUUUUGUUAGUUAAAGAUCAUCUCCAUGACCUCAAGUCAACGUUCAGAAGAAUUAGCGUUGGAGAUAAUAAUAAAUUCACAGUAUCUUUUCAUUGUCAACGAAAGAAGUUGAAGAAAGAGAUAUUAAAGCGCUUGCAUUCCUUAAAGGGAAUGAAAUUAUCAUUGGGAUCGGACCAAAGAUCAGAAAGUAAAAAUAAUUUGAUGGUAGUUGUGAACGUGCUUAGGGAAGUGAAAGUUGCUACUAUGUCAAUUGUGGAGUCAUUGAUGUCACUUAUGUUAAUGCCAAGUCCAAAUAACAAGAAAUUAAAUAAAGGGUAUUUUUUUGGAUCAAAGUUGAUGAGAGUUAAUAGCUUUAGUUCGUGGGAAAAAUGUGAUGCCAUGACAUUGCAAUGUGUGAAUAAGAGAUUGGAAGCAGUGGAGAUUGUUAUUGAAGAUGUUCUUGAAGGAGAAUUAGAGUGUAUUAUUCGGCGUCUUAUUAGGACAAGAGUAUCUCUUCUAAAUAUACUCACCUGUUAA